AUGCAAUCUCGGUUCUGUUCUGGAGACAAAGGCAUCUGGCUUGUAACAGCGGCAGCGUUCCAGCGAGCUGUCAGUGAGCUUGAGGGCAUUGAAGCUUCCUUAAAGCGCUACAGUAGCCGCAGGAAUGGUGCGCUCAAGAUAUGGACGAGAAAUGAGGAGCUGAAGCUAUUCAUUAUGGGACUAACCAAUGACGGCGAAAGGCUGGAUACUGUUGAGAAAUAUGUGUCUGGGUUAGAAAGCCUAAAUUUGACAGCCGACAUGUGGGAAGAUGGUAGAAAGGCCGGCGCGGAUCAGUCGGGCUUAAUUUAUCAAAUUGUUCGGAUAUUCUGUUGGGGGUGUUUUCGUGGUGAGCUGCUGGCAGCAGCUCAUUACCAGAUCCGAGAAAGUUGUUGCUCAGGAUAUUAG